UUCGAAGGCUGGUCUGUGCUCAGUGUUUUCCUGGUGAUGCAAGUCGGCUCUCUCCUCCAGCAGUUGGAUCCCUCCCAUCUCGCAGCACCUCACAGGUCUCUUCCCCGAGCAGUGCGUUGCUGGAGCGAGGAGCCUCUCACGAAUCAGCUGCAGGUCCCUGUUUUGAAAAGCAGAGAUACAGAGGCAAAAGAAAAGGGUGGACUCCUAUGUGACCUGGUCUCAGAGCAAGACAAUCACCAGCUGAAUUCCAGAAGCCCUGUUCAUGUUUGGGGAGAUUUUUUCGACUGCAUGGAAUCAGAAAGAAGCCAAAGGAUGGGAAAUGCUUGCAUCCCCCUGAAAAGAAUUGCUUAUUUCUUAUGUCUCUUAUCUGCGCUUUUGCUGACUGAGGGGAAGAAACCAGCGAAGCCAAAAUGCCCUGCCGUGUGUACUUGUACCAAAGAUAAUGCUUUAUGUGAGAAUGCCAGAGCCAUUCCACGCACCGUUCCUCCUGAUGUUAUCUCAUUAUCCUUUGUGAGAUCUGGUUUUACUGAAAUCUCAGAAGGGAGUUUUUUAUUCACACCAUCGCUGCAGCUCUUGUUAUUCACAUCGAACUCCUUUGAUGUGAUCAGUGAUGAUGCUUUUAUUGGUCUUCCACAUUUAGAGUAUUUAUUCAUAGAAAACAACAACAUCAAGUCCAUUUCAAAACAUACUUUCCGGGGACUAAAGUCUUUAAUUCACCUGAGCCUUGCAAACAACAAUCUCCAGACGCUCCCAAAAGAUAUUUUCAAAGGCCUGGAUUCUUUAACAAAUGUGGACCUGAGAGGGAAUUCAUUUAAUUGUGACUGUAAACUGAAGUGGCUGGUGGAGUGGCUAGGCCAUACCAAUGCAACAGUUGAAGACAUCUACUGUGAAGGCCCCCCAGAGUACAAGAAGCGCAAAAUCAAUAGUCUCUCCUCCAAGGACUUUGAUUGUAUCAUUACAGAAUUUGCAAAGUCUCAAGACCUGCCUUAUCAAUCACUGUCCAUAGAUACUUUUUCUUAUAUGAACGAUGAGUAUGUAGUCAUUGCUCAGCCUUUUACUGGAAAAUGCAUUUUCCUUGAAUGGGACCAUGUAGAAAAGACCUUCCGGAAUUAUGACAACAUUACAGGCACGUCCACUGUAGUAUGCAAGCCUAUAGUCAUUGAAACUCAGCUCUAUGUUAUUGUGGCCCAGCUGUUUGGCGGCUCUCACAUCUAUAAGCGAGACAGUUUUGCAAAUAAAUUCAUAAAAAUCCAGGAUAUCGAAAUUCUCAAAAUCCGAAAACCCAAUGACAUCGAAACAUUCAAGAUUGAAAACAACUGGUACUUUGUUGUUGCUGACAGUUCAAAAGCUGGUUUCACUACCAUUUACAAAUGGAAUGGAAAUGGAUUCUACUCUCAUCAAUCCUUACACGCAUGGUACAGGGACACUGAUGUGGAAUAUUUAGAAAUAGCCAGACCACCACAGGCACUCAGAAUGCCUCAUUUAAUCCUGUCCAGUAGUUCCCAGCGCCCUGUAAUUUAUCAAUGGAACAAAGCCACACAACUAUUCAUUAACCAGACUGACAUACCUAACAUGGAAGAUGUAUAUGCCGUAAAGCACUUCUCAGUGAAAGGUGAAGUGUACAUUUGCUUGACGAGAUUCAUUGGUGAUUCCAAAGUAAUGAAAUGGGCAGGCUCCUCCUUUCAGGAUAUUCAGAGGAUGCCAUCACGAGGAUCUAUGGUGUUCCAGCCUCUUCAGAUAAAUAACUAUCAAUAUGCAAUUCUUGGAAGUGAUUAUUCUUUUACUCAAGUAUAUAACUGGGAUGCAGAGAAAGCCAAAUUUGUGAAAUUUCAGGAAUUAAAUGUUCAGGCACCAAGAUCAUUCACACAUGUGUCCAUUAAUAAACGUAAUUUUCUUUUUGCUUCCAGUUUUAAGGGAAAUACACAGAUUUACAAACAUGUCAUAGUUGACUUAAGCGCAUGACACACAAAUUCUGUGGCUGCCACCAGAAACUUUCUAUAGUACAUGGUCCGGAUGAACUCAAUGCAUGAUGACUUCUUAUCACACUUGCAAAUGAAUGCCUUUCAAACAUUGAGACUGCUAGAACCCAGCACUAUCAGUAUCUCCAUCCUUAACUGUCCAGUCCAGUGGCGUGGGAAGUUACCUUUUAUAAGAGAAAAUUGAAUUGUGUAACUGUUCUUUGCAGUGAAGAUGUGUAAAUAAGCAGUUAAUGGUAUCUGUUACUCUAAAAAAGAAAUAUUAAUAUGUACUUUUCCAUUUAUU